AUGUCUAAAGUAGUAUCAUCAUCAUCACUUACAGUUUUCCCCCAGGAUGCCAAACCCAACUCAAACUCCACUCGACACACUGCAACUUUUCAUCCUUCCAUUUGGGGAGAUUAUUUCCUCUCCUAUGAUCCUACUUCUGAUGAAGAUGAUAGCCACGUCAAACAAGUUCCACUUUUGAAAGAGGAUGUGAGGAAGAUGAUUGUCUCUCCUGUUGAUUACAGUUCCCUUUUUAAAUUAAACUUCAUCAACUCAGUCCAACUUUUGGGCGUUUCUUAUCAUUUUGAACAUGAAAUUGAUGAAGCACUGCAUCAAAUUUAUGAGAUUGCAACGAAGGACAAUAACAUCAUAAGUCACGAUGAUGAUCUUCAUCAUCUGGCUUUACUCUUUCGGUUGCUUAGACAACAAGGAUAUCGUAUUUCGUCAGUAUGUUAUAACAUUGGAUUGCAUCAGUAUGGCCUAGUUUCGAUCGAGAAGUGUCGUAUAGACGAAACUGGAAACUUUAAGGAAAGCAUAGUGAAUGAUGUAGAAGGAAUGUUGAGCCUGUAUGAAGCAGCCCAAUUAAGAAUCCAUGGAGAAGAGAUACUGGAAGAAGCAUAUAGUUUUACUCUCAUUCAGUUAACUCGGUCAUUAACCACCAAAUUAAGCCCCUUUCUCUCUGGGUUAGUGCACCAUAGCUUAGCACAGUCACUUCGCAAGGGAAUGCCCAGGUGGUGGAUUAAAGAUUUGAAUGUGUCAAAAAACUUUCCUUUUGUACGAGAUAGGAUUGUGGAAGUAUGCUUCUGGAUUUUAGGAGUGUACUAUGAGCCGCAAUAUUGUCUUGCUAGAGGGAUAAUGAUGAAAGUAUUGGCCAUAACAUCCAUCAUUGAUGAUGUGUAUGAUGCCUAUGGAACCAUUGAUGAGCUGAAGAUUUUGACCAAUGCAAUAGAGAGGAAGGAUAUCUCCUCAUUGGUUAAUCUCCCAGAAUAUGUGAAGUUAUGUUAUGUCGCACUUUUUGAUGUUUUUGAAGAAAUACAGAAGGAGUUGAGAAAGCAAGGAAAAGAGUUCUUCGUCAAGUAUGCUGAACAACAAAUGAAAAGACUAGUCCAAGCGUAUCUUACUCAGGCAACAUGGUUUCAUCACAACCACACACCAACCGUGGAGGAGUACAUGGAAGUUGCGAGUAUGUCGAGUGGUUUGGCUAUGUUGACAUCUGUAUCUUUCUUGGGCAUGGAAGACACAACAGAGGAGGCCCUCAUAUGGGCAACGAGUAACCCUAAAUUGAUUGUAGCUGCUUCAACUAUUGGUAGGCUCACUAAUGACAUUGCUGGAAGUGAGUUUGAGCAAGAAAGAGGACACGUUGUCUCAAGCCUUGAUUGCUAUGUGAAGCAACACAAUACCUCAAGGCAAAACGCCAUUAAAGAACUGCUUAAGUUGAUCGAGAGUGCUUGGAAGGACAUUAAUGAACAAUGCCUUAAUCCUACUCAACUUCCAAUCGCUCUUCUUAUGCGUGUUCUGAACCUUGCGCGCACGACGGAUGUGAUUUACAAAGAUGGAGAUCGCUAUACAAAUUCAGGAGGAAUAAUGAAGGAUUACAUCAAAGCUUUACUAGUUAAUAAGAUCCCUAUAUAA